AUGACGGGAGAGAGUGUGAGUGUGCAAUACCAGCCCGACGGAGUUGCCAUCAUCGUUUUUUCUGCUCCUCCAGUGAAUGCGCUUUCGGUGAACCUACGGCGUUUGCUGGCUUUGAACGUCGCGAACGUUGUUGCUGAUCGGCGGGCGAAGGCGAUCGUGCUGUAUGGUGGCGAGAGCACCUUCUCGGCCGGGGCUGACGUCGGCGAGUUCCCUGAAAAGCUUGGAAGUGCGGAGAAUAUUAUCUCUUUGGAUACGGAGCCGUUCAAGACGCUGCUAGAGACUAGUCCGAAGCCGACUGUGGCCUGUAUCACAGGCACAGCGCUUGGCGGAGGCCUGGAGCUCGCCCUCGCGUGCCACUUUCGCGUUGCUCUAUCGGAUGCAAAGCUUGGACUUCCGGAGCUCAGACUGGGCCUUAUCCCCGGUCUUGGUGGUACCCAGCGUCUUCCCAGACUGAUCGGCGUUGAGCCAGCACUCGAUAUGAUUAUGCACUCGCGAAUCAUUGACGGCGAGGAAGCGCAUCGCUGCGGGCUCGUCGACCGUCUCGUUCCAGCGAGUCGUCGAGAGACGUUACUGCGAGAGGCCUGUGCUGUAGCCCUGGAAGUCGCCUCAGAUCCUCAAAAGAUGCCGCCACCGCUAUUAACCCGAACGGACAAGCUUGGGAAUGCCGACGUUGAGAAAAUUCGCAGCAAGUAUCUGCCGAGAGCUGUAGAAAUGCGGCAGAAAACUGGUCAGAUCCAGUUUGAAAGCUGUGUCCGAGCUGUCCUCGAAGGCAUUGAGCGUGGUGGUGGCGAUGCUGGCUGGGCACUAGAAGCGGAGCUUUUUCGACAGUGCGCGGCGUCGGAGGCAUCACGAGCUCUCAUUCAUGUCUUUCUUGCCUCGCGAAGAACAGUGACGAAUUUUAAGGCAGAGCCGCACCUUCAUGAGCCUCGGACAGUUGCGGUGAUCGGCGGUGGCCUCAUGGGAAGCGGGAUUGCAGCAUGUAUCCUACAAAAUGGUGGACGCGUCGUCUUGAAAGAAGUCAAUGAAAAUGCCCUUGCUGCAGCUAUACAGCGUAUUGAGGCUAUCUUGAGCCGCGCCAAGGUCGACACCGCGGAUGCCAGGCGGCGACUUCAAGGCACGAUCGAAUUCGACAAAAAGCUUUUCAGUGAUGUAGACCUCGUCGUCGAGGCAGCCGUCGAAAAUGUACAAGCGAAGCAAGGCAUCUUUCGAUCGCUGGCGGAAUGCACGGGACCACACUGCAUUCUGGCGACCAACACCAGCACGAUCAACUUGGACUUGAUCGGUGAAGCGAUUCCGCAAGUCCAUAAGGAAGGGCGUCUGAUUGGUGCACACUUCUUCAGUCCUGCACAUGUUAUGCCACUCCUGGAAAUUGUACGUGCGAACCGCACCAGAAACCGCGCAGUGCAGAUGGUGCUUGCGUUUGCGAAACAUCUGCGGAAAACACCAAUCAUUGUGGGCAACUGCGCCGGUUUUGCCGUGAACCGAAUGUACUUCCCCCAGACCCAAAUGGCGUUCUUUCUCACUGAGUACCUCGGUAUUCAUCCAUACGACAUCGAUCGUGCAUGUCAAGAGGUGCUUGGUCUGCCAAUGGGACCCUUCGGCCUUGCGGAUCUCGUCGGUCUCGACAUCUGUGAUUCUGUGAACCAGGUUUUUAGCAUGUCGUAUCCCGAGCGAGUUUGUAGCCUCAGCAUCGCGGGCAAGUUGAUUGAGAUGGGCAGAAAAGGUCAGAAGAGCGGUGCUGGCUUUUACCGCUACGGUGCGGAUCAUCGCAAACCGAUCGAAGAUAGGGAGAUGUUGGAUCCGCUCCUUGCCUCUAUGACGCCGCCACCGCUGCGCGAGCCAUUAACGCCGUUAGACAUCGUGCAGAUGAUUUUCUUCCCGGUCGUCAACGAGGCCAUGCGGGUUCUCGAGGAGCGUAUUGCCGACAAAGCAGCUGACCUCGACGUUGCAUCGGUGCUUGGCUACGGUUUUCCGGCCUAUCGAGGUGGCCUGCUCUACUGGGCUCAGCAUCUUCCCGGCGGGCCGCGUCUCAUCCUGGAGCGCCUGCGCGAAUGGGAUACACGAUUCGGUACGCAGUGCCCGCUAUUCGCUCCGUCGUUUGCCCUCGAAUGUGCGCUAAGGUCAACUGAACCUGUGCUGGAGCGGCCUCCUCGUCCUCGUUUAGCGACAGGCUCGGACGACGAUAUCGUGUUCGUGGCCGCUGUUCGCACCGCGAUCGGAAAAGCGGGGCGCGGCCUCCUGAAGGAUACGCUCCCCGAAGACAUGCUUGCGCCGCUCAUCGGGGCGCUCUUGGAUCGAUCAGCUGUGAAACCCGCCGAGGUCGGAGACGUUAUCGUCGGAACCGCCCUACCUCGUGGUGAUGCGGCUGCUGUGAGUUUGCGCGUCGCUGCGCUGUGUGCUGGCCUUCCUGAUACCGUUCCAGUGCGGCUGGUAAAUAGGCUGUGUGCGUCGGGGUUGCAGGCUAUCGCUGACGCUGCCGCUGCCAUUCAGCGAGGCGAUUAUGGUAUCGCUAUAGCCGGGGGUGUGGAAUCCAUGUCGAUGAAUGCUAUCCAGUUAAGUCUGGAGCGCAGAAGUCACCGCCUAGCGAGUUGCGCAGCAGCAGAGGAUGCCUAUCUCAGUAUGGGAGACACCUCGGAAAACGUUGCAGCGCGCUUUGCGAUCAGUCGAGCAGCGCAGGAUCGCUUCGCAGCUUCGAGUCAUGCUCGAGCGUCACGUGCAUCGCUUUCGGGACGCUUCGAGCGAGAAAUCCUUCCCAUUUCGACACAAGUGUAUCCCACCAGGAAAGCGGCGAAGCAAGCAGACGGGAACCUCUCCACGGCGGAACGCGCGCCCGCAGUCCCACAACCGGUUGUGGCGCAACGCGAUGAGGGUAUUCGCUUGGGCGUCACCACUGGAGCGUUGGCCAAGCUCCCGCCAGUCUUCCGAAAGCAGGGUACCACUACAGCUGGGAAUAGCUCCCAAGUCAGCGAUGGAGCGGCACUGGUACUCUUAAUGAAGCGCAGCGAGGCACGGCGGCGGGGUCUCCGGCCGCUGGGAACGUUCCGGGCCUUUGCGGUUGCAGGCGUGCCGCCAGCAAUCAUGGGCAUAGGACCCGCGGCCGCUAUUCCGAAGCUACUUUCGCAGGCUGGAGUCGAAGCUAAUUUGAUUGAUCUAUACGAAAUCAAUGAAGCAUUUGCCUCUCAGGCGGAAUACUGUGUCCAGAAACUUGGACUCAACCGAGACGUUCUCAAUGUGAAUGGCGGUGCAAUUGCACUCGGUCAUCCGUUGGGCAUGUCCGGCGCUCGUCUCUGUGUGACGCUCUUGCACGAGCUUGCUAUCCGGGAGGGGCGCUAUGGCGUGGUCAGUAUGUGUGUUGGUACCGGGAUGGGAGCCGCUGCUCUACUGGAACGAUGUGAAGAUGACGGUUUUGAUGAGCGACGGUUGCGAGCAGCACUUUAA